GAGCCUUACACAAUGCUAUUCCCCUUUUUUGUCUUUCCGUCAUCUGCUCGUGUCCGCUCGUGCAGCCGUCUGCUUCGAUCAGUAGUAAGGCGUGAAGUGAGGUGACGUGGCGUGAUGUGCGGUGAGGUGUCGAGUGUCCGUCCAUGGCUCCAACGACGUGCGGCGUUUGCGGUGGCGAUGCGAAUCCCGCCAAGCUGCGAUCGUGCAACACUUGCGACACCGUCGCGCGCCACACGUACUGCUUGGGGCGAGUGAACCUGUCCACGUGGCAGUGCAGCAGAUGCAUCCGCUUGGGCGUGCCUCUUCCUGGUGCUGACGCGGAGACCCUGAUCGCUUACGUGGACGACCUGCUCGAUGGCGUGGACAAUCUGGAAGCUGGUGAUUCUAUUGAAGGUGAAACUAACGGUGGAGGAGCGGCAAAGGGAGAGGGAGGAGGAGGAGGCGAAGAGGGAGGAGGAGAGGGAGGAGGUAGAGGAGUGAAGAAUGGAACAGAAGCAGGCGCAGAAGCAGAGGCAGAGUGGAGGACAAGGGAAGGCGCUGGAGUGGGACGAGGGGAGCCCAUGGCCGUUCUACCCGUGACCAUUGAUCUGGAUCUAACAGCUGACAAAGAUGAACCAGAGGAUCAAGAUGUAACAGCUGAUCAAGAUGUAACUCCUGAUCAAGAUAUGACUGAUCAAGACGCAACGGCUGUAGCAGAUGCAGCUGAAUGUGCCGAUAAAUAUGCUGCUGCUGUAGCAGCUGUAGCUGGUUCACUUACUGUGCCUGCAUCCGGUCCUUCUUUAACUGCUAUCCCUGUGGAGUCAACCAUUCCUCUGACUGCGCAUCCGAGCAUUCGCUCUGGCAGCAGUCAGCACGGGAGUGCAGCUGCUCCCAGCGCAGGUGUGUCGCCUGCUGCUCUCAGUGUCAGCGGUUGGGCCGCCAUUGACCCUCGUGCCACCAGUGACGCCCAUGCUGGCAUUCCUCGUGCCUCACCUCUGAGUGACCAAGCAGCUGCUGGCCCCGCUUACAGCGAUGCACGUGUGGCGUAUCACGCCCAGGGCCUUCAAUUCCCUGUGUUGGGUGCUCUCUACCCCCAGCCGCCUCACCUGCUGCCUCGAUCGGCCGCCCCCUCCCUGCCGUUUCAUGCCCAGCCGUUCUGGAGGGGUUCUCUCUUCAUCGCCACAACAGACUCCGGCCUCCUUCCGCUCGGCCCUGCAUGCGCCCAUCUCUCCCUCAUUGCCGUCAGCCAGGUGUCGCUUGCUGCUGAUGCACUCGCCCACCUGGCUGCCACCACUGCCAUCCCUACUGCUGCAACUACCACUGCACCCACUGCCACUGCUGCCACUGCUGCCACUGCUGCUGCCCAUUCCAGUGCUGCUGCUGCUGCCGAACCCCCUCCCGCUGGUGCUCCCUCUGGUUCUCCCUCCGCUGCUCCUUCCGGUGCGCUCAUACUGCAGGAGAGCCGUCGCAGCGACCCCGGGGCGUGGCCCGCUGCAUUCACUCACGCCAUGCACUCGCCCUCUGGAAUCACCUUCUCUCAUGCUGGCAUCUACAUUCUGGGGGAGGAAGGAGUGCGGGGUGGUGGGGGGACUGGGGAUGGUGGAGAUGGUGGUGCAGGGGAUGCGUUUGCAGCGUAUGUGGAUGGUCGGAUGCAAGCCCAUGAUAUGAUGUGUGAUGUGGUAGUGCCUGAACUGGCUCGAGUCAGCAUCUUUUCGCCUCAUCUCAUGUCCCCUUGGUGUCAGAGCACAAGUUCCUCUUUCUGAGAACAUCCAGGAAGUCACUUCCCCUCACUCCCCACCUCAUUGUCUGCAUGACACGCAGGUGCUCUCAGCCGGCCAUUUCUCUGGGCCGUCUGCCGCAAGCUUGCCACAUUUCAACAACACCAGCAGCCACAGCAGCAGCAGCAGCAGCAGCGGUAGCAGGGGUAGGAGUCUAUUUUUGAGGCGCCUCAAAAGCAGCGGUAGCAGCAGGAGCAUGUACGUUUUGAGGCAAUGCAGCUGCUGAAGCACAUUUCACAAGGCAGCAGCACUGGGUUUCGUCAGUCACCAUCAGCUGUGGCUACAAGCAUAAUUUCUCCUGGGUUAGAGUUAUAUAAUUCAGAUGACCAAAUAUUAUCCGGUUUGUGUUGCACAAUUCAAUCCAGACCAGAUUGUUCAUGGUUCCAGGCAAUAUUCCAAACUCUGCC